CUCUCACUCAAUUCACAAAUUCCACAGAGAGAGUCACACUCACAAUUCACAAAUCAAAAGUCACGUCAAACCAAAGAAAAAACUCCCGCCAACAACGCGUCACGCCACCACUUCUACCGGCAAACACAGCCAGCAAACACUGACACACACCCAGAAUAAAAUAAAAAACAUAACCAUCCAUCAAAAACAAAUCACUAAUAAUUACGAAUAUAAAUAAACACCAAAACACCUUCAUUAAAAACCAACAAGUUCAUACAUAAAUAUUUAAGAUUAAGAUUAAGAUUAAGAAACUCUCUUCAGUUCUAGAGAGAGAGAUAGAAAUGAAAGUGAAAUCGAAGAGAUCGAAAACCAAUUUAGGUUUACCAAUCGUUGUUCUCUUAUGUUUACUCUUUCUUCUCGCUGGUUUCUUCGGUUCCAUGAUUCUCUCUCAGGAUGUGCCUAGGGCUACGGUUAUACCGAGGUUGAGGACGCUUGAAUUUGUCGAGGAAGUCAACGAGGAUGGUUCGAUGCCGCAUGGCCGAACUGGAGUAGCUUCUGUUGAAUCAAUUCCUUUUCAGAUUUUGAGCUGGAAACCACGAGCUUUAUAUUUCCCAAAUUUUGCAACAGCAGAACAAUGCGAAACCAUAAUUAAAAUCGCAAAGGCAAACCUUAAACCCUCACUAUUGGCUUUGCGAAAGGGGGAGACUGCUGAGAGCACUAAGGGUACGAGGACAAGCUCAGGCACAUUUAUUAGCUCAUCAGAAGACAAAACUGGAGUCCUGGCUCUUAUUGAGGAAAAAAUUUCUCGGGCUACAAUGAUUCCAAGAAACCAUGGAGAGUCAUUCAAUGUGUUGCGGUAUGAACUUGGGCAGAAGUAUGAUUCCCAUUAUGAUGCAUUCAACCCUUCUGAAUAUGGCCCACAACAGAGCCAAAGGGUCGCUUCCUUCUUGUUGUAUUUAUCAAAUGUAGAAGAAGGUGGAGAAACCAUGUUUCCGUUUGAGAAUAACUCAAAUAAGGGGACGGGCUAUGAUUACAAAAAGUGUAUAGGUUUGAAAGUGAAGCCACGGCAAGGGGAUGGACUUCUAUUUUAUUCAGUGUUUCCAAAUGGCACAAUUGAUGGGACAUCUCUUCAUGGAAGCUGUCCAGUGAUCAAAGGGGAGAAAUGGGUGGCCACAAAGUGGAUCAGAGAUCAAGAACAAGAUGAUGACUUUUAAUCAUCAAGAGGACUAAAUAUACAUCUUUUGAGAACUUUUUUUUUUCUUGUCAAGGGUAACAAUACCCAUUGCUUAUUGAUGUACAGUUAAUACAACUGUCAAAAUGAGGACAAAAUGCCUGAGAGAAAGAAGAACACAAUGUAUGGAAUGCCUCAUCGUAUUUUCUUGGCAUUCUACAUUUGUACGUGGUUAGGUUCUUUAAUCACCGGCGUUGGCAGGGAUAUUGGUCUCAAUGUAUUACCAUGAUUUUUUUUUUCUUCUUGGGAGGCCAUAGCCAUGUGACUAUGGAAUAAACAUAUCUUUUCAUUUAUA